AGGUGUCGGAAUUGAUCUUCUUGGUUCCUAUUUAUGUUAUCUUAAAUACUGUAGAGUUACGAUAAGCAAAGUCAAAGUGCCUGCAUGAUGAUCAAAAACAACCCGAAAUAAUAUAUAGAACUGACGCCUCGCUUUGCCGGAGUCUUCAAAAACCAUCAAGACUUAUAGACGCACUUAUCUGUUUUCACAGACGACUUCUUCAGUACAGUACAGCAUAACGAGCUGGUACUUUAGCACAUGAAUAUCAUGAAGAAAAGAAUAACAAGCACUGUUCACACUCGAAGACAAAAAGCUACAUCCAAAGUAGAGAGCGUGCAAAGCUCUCCCAAACGGGAACCAAGAAAAAAAGUCUUAAUCCAAGUUGGUGGAAGAAUAUUUGAAACGUGGGAAGAAAAUCUCAAGAACCAUCCAUCGACAUUACUCGGCAGUAACGAAAAGGAACUAUACUUCAACCCGCGUAGGAAUAUGUACGUUUUUGAUCGUGAUCCGCAAAUGUUUCGACACAUCCUAAACUACUACAGGAUAGGACGGCUACACUACUCGAUAGAGUACUGUGCCGAUGAAUUCCGAGACGAGCUUUCAUUCUUCGGGAUCUCGAUCAACGAGGUUGAUAACUGUUGCUGGGAUGAUUAUCGACAGCCAAAAUCUAUCAAUAUCAAUAAAGUUUUUAAUCUUGAAGAACAGGACAAAUUAAGGGAAGAAAAUAAAGAGAGUUUCCUGGAAAAAGUUUGGAAGGUUUUUGAUAACCCGGAAAAAUCUUUAUUGGGCGCCCUGUGGUAUUAUAUGUCUGGACUAAUGAUCGCAUUGAGUAUAGCAUGUACUGUCGUAGAGACGAUUCCGCCGCCUUGUGAGGAUAGACUUAUAUGUAGUGUACAACACGCGACGCUUUGUAACAAACGACUAAACGACUCAGCAUAUCCCUGGAGUAUAGAAACCGCCAAGGACAGUGGCGCUUGUGUUGAAUUAAGAGAAUACCUGGAAUCGAAGGAGAAUGUCUUUUUUAUUCUUGAGAGUGUUUGCGUUGGAGUUUUUACUUUCGAGUAUCUAGCUCGCCUUAUUUCAGCUCCAAAUCGUUGGAACUUCGUCAAAGGGUUCAUGAGUAUUGUAGACGUGGUUUCUAUCCUACCAUAUUAUUUGGGUAUUAUUCUACAUAUUUUUGAUCUGGCAGUGGACAGUCUUAGUGCAUUGGUUUUACUACGAGUACUGCGGGUUUUUCGUGUUCUCAAGUUCACAAGACACAGCAGUCGGCUUAGGAGCCUGCUGUUUGCUAUCCAGCGGUCGGCUUCAGAACUUGGCUUCAUAGUAUUCAGUUUAUCACUCGGAGUGGUGCUUAUAUCCAGUGCUUUGUUUUAUGCUGAAAAAAGUGGACCUGGGGCCGACUUAUUCAAUAGCAUACCGGCAUCUAUGUGGUAUUCUGUGAUCACCAUGACAACGACAGGUUAUGGCGACAUCGUACCUCACACUGUUCUUGGGAAAUUAAUCGGCAGCAUUGGAUGUAUAGUAGGCGUGCUUAUGAUAGCACUGCCUGUCCCUAUCAUACAGAAAAAGGCUAAUCUCCAAAUGGGACUGUUAGACGAAGUUGAUGAGGCCCUCACGAAGGAGUAAAUAGAAAUGCUUGUAUGGUAGACGACAGCAAUGACAGCAAAACACAGCAGAAUACAGCAGAUACAAUCAAGACAGCAAAACAUUGUCUAACACAGCAGAUGACAUCCAAGACAACAAACAAUGCAGAAUAUAGGAAGUAAUAGUCAAGACAAUGCAGAAUAUAGGAAAUAAUGGUCAAGACAGCAAAAGACUGUCUAACACAGCAGAUGACAUCCAAGACAACAAACAUUGCAGAAUAUAGGAAAUAAUGGUCAAGACAGCAAAACACUGUCUAAUACAGCAAAUGACAACAAAGAAAAAAAGACAAGAAUGCAGAAUAUAGCAGAUUAUGGUCGAGAUCAUGGUCAAAGACAGGAAAGAAUGGAAACAACAACUGAAUGGCAACCCAGAAAAUUAUGAUACAGCAGAUAAGAAACAAGACAUCCACACAUUGAAUGUGCUGUGAAACAAAAUCUCAGCUGACAAACAAGACGAAAUCAACUGCAAACGUAACAAAUCGAUCGCACCAGUUGGCGCAUAAACUAAAAAGGGUUACGUUGUUUUUAAAUCCAGCCGCAUGUGUUAAACUCCAAAGAAAAAUCCUAGUGAUAAAACCACUGAAUCGGUAUAAGUCGAAUCGAAACCGAUCAAUCUUAAAUAACUAUUGUAAAUAGUUAUUAUUAAUAUCUGUUAAUAUCCAUCAUGCAUGCGUAGUGAAAUCUAGGAAGAUAUGGUACUUUGUCUUGGUUGAAGAACUGGGUAAAUACCUGGCGCACUUAACGCGCAAUCUAUUUUUAUGGUUUAAAAUUCGUGCGCAUGCGCACAACAGCCUAUGGUUGCGAAACGAAAUUUACGAAGGGUGAUACAUAGCGCAGUUUUCUGGAAACUAGUCUAAAGAGCUGAAGAAUUUUACAAUUUCAUUUUACGCAUGCGCAAGAGUAACAUCUUAUUUCUUUUGCGCACUGAGUUUAAGAAUUACUCUAGAGUCACCGGAAGUGUUUUAACCGGAAGUGGGUUUCACCGGAAGCGUUUUCACCGGAAGUAUUUCAUUUGGUUUCAGAGUUCAAUUGACAGAGGCCAAAAGGACCACGGUUUCGAGGAGCGCAAAUAAAGCGACAUUUCAAUAUUCCUAUACAAGUUUGUGAUGUCUUUAUGAAUAAUGAUAUAAUAGGUUGUAGUCUUGUGUUUUAUCAAUUAAAUGAAAACAAAGCAUGACGGGAAGAAAUGAGGCGCAGAGCAGAACUUAAGAAAAUAAAUGAAUAAAAGUUAUGAAAUUUUCUUGAAUUUUUGA